UUGAUAUCUUAUCUGUGAUUGGCUUUGUCGCAAGAAUAAACAGAUAGUUUUUUGAUAAGAUAAUUGUUUAAUUAUAUUUGCAUAAUGAUAAAACAAUACAAUGGGCUAAGACUAUAGCAAAUGAAAAUAUUAAGUUGUUGUUUUCUACGAGUCGCUGGUUUAUUUUCUAGUGGCAGUGGCAGGAUGGAUCAUUUUGGCCUUUCGCACAUAUUGCUCGAGCCAGAUAAAUAUAAUCCAGAUACUUUGGACUUGCUAGUUGACGAAGAAGCAAGAGAAUAUUGGCUUAAUACUUGUGAAAAACUGACUGAAAAAUAUGUAAAUUUUGCGCUUUUAAAUAAUGAAGAUCCUACAGUGGAAAUACGCGCACUUAAAUUUAAAACUUGUUACAUAGAAGCACUCAAAGAACUCAGAAUAAACCCUCUUGCUCAUGGGCAGUUGACCAUAAGAUUACUUCUUGACAUCAACGAAACAUGCCUUCGUUCUCAGGGUUUCUUUGAUUUAUGGAAAAAACAAAAAAAAUGUGAAAAUGAAGGAGCAUUGGCAACAUUUGGUGCUCGACUAGCUGAAAUUGAUGCACUGCCAGAUGACAGACAGAGGUGGAUCGAACUGACAAGAGGAGUAUUAGCCGGAAAUAUGUUUGACUGGGGGGCCCAGGCAGUAACCAGUAUUCUAGAUAGUGGAUUAUACGAAGCACUAGAGAAAAUUCAGAAAAGGCCCUGGCUGUAUGAUGGCUUGGAUAAAUGGCUUGACAAACUAGAGAAAACUGUACACCAUUGUGCUGCUGUGUUUGUUGAUAAUAGUGGUGUUGACAUAGUUCUUGGUAUUUUGCCAUUUGUGAGAGCAUUAUUACUGAGAGGCACUGGUGUCAUAUUAUGUGCCAAUGAAUGGCCAGCCCUCAACGAUGUUACCAAUGUUGAACUGGAAGAGGUGUUACAGGGAGCUUCCCUCAUUUGUCCCGUUAUCUCAGCAGCUCUGUCUACUGGAGAUUUAGUAGUAAGAUCAAGUGGACAAAGAGGUCCAUGUUUGGAUCUAAGAACGAUUAGUGUAGGUUUAUGCACUGAAAUGAAGGUUCGAGGAGUUGACUUAAUCAUAUUGGAGGGUAUGGGCAGAGCUCUUCAUACUAACUUAAAUGCUCGCCUUGCUGUUGAUUCACUGAAAAUUGCUGUAGUCAAGAAUACAUGGUUAGCACAGAGACUCGGUGGGCCACUUUUUUCUGUAAUCUUUAUUUAUGAGGAGAAACCAACUAAAACAUAAAAAACCACAACAAGUAUGAUGAUGUGAUUGUUCCCAGUAUUCAUUUAGGAAUUUUAAGCCAUUGAACUUGUGAAACCAUUUGUUUGUAGUAAUAUCUCCAUAUUGCGCAUUCAUCUUUUAGAAUGCCCAGUCUUCUUGUGUUAAUGUUCUUAUAGUGAUUUUCGGAAUAUAUUGAGUGUUAUCCUGA